CUUAAUAGGUUUGGAACCGUUUGAUUGGCACAGGUGUCCAGCCACUCAGGUGGCGCGGGCCGAAGGCCGUGAGAGCCAACCAGGAGAAUGAGAAUUCUGACAGCGGACCAAUCAUUGCACGGAGAGCGGGGGAGAGGCGGGGCUAGGGCCCCUUGGGCUGCUGGCUGGAGGGGGAGUGAGAGCUCUGCAGCAUCUGGGAAGCAGGUUGUGUGAUGCAAGAUGAGCCGUUUCCUGAAUGUACUCCGUAGCUGGCUAGUUAUGGUGUCCAUCAUUGCCAUGGGGAACACAGUGCAAAGCUUCAGAGAUCACAGCUUUCUCUCUGAGAAGCUGUACACAGGCAAGCCAAACCUCGUAAAUGGCCUUCAGGCUCGGACCUUUGGCAUCUGGACUUUGCUCUCUUCUGUGAUCCGCUGCUACUGUGCCAUUGAUAUCCGCAACAAAACCUUGUAUAACAUCACACUUUUGACCUUCUUCAUUGCCCUGGGACACUUCCUCUCUGAAGUAUUUAUUUAUGGCACUGCAGCUGCAACUAUUGGUGUCCUGGCCCCCCUAAUGGUGGCAAGUUUCUCCAUUUUGGGUAUGCUGAUUGGGCUGCAGUAUCUAGAAGUAGAAGAAACGUCACAGCUCAAGAAACGGAACUGAAGUUACAGAUCCCUUUUUACACUAAAUCCAUCACCUACUGGGCAUUUUCCAGUGUUAACCACUACGUUGCCUCUUCGACCUACUAUCCUCACCCUGUAACUUACUAGUAGUGAGAACAUUCCUGGGCAUAUCUGUCAAUCAUCUUUGCAUAUCCCAUCAAUUUUGAUUUGAACAGGAAACACUUGAUCUCAGACCAGUGGCAGAAGCACAGCUAUUUAAGUGGCUCUGCCAAGCUGGAUGUUGGUUUCCUGUUAGAAAGCAUCUGCAGGUCUUAGGGUAGAAAAUGGAUUUCCCAUAAAUGGUAACAAAUGAAGGUAAUAUUCCAGGGGUGCCUCUCAACUCCUGCAGGCAUCCAGCAGGAAGGAACUGUAGUACUUUUUAAGAUCCACUGGAGAUUAUUGUGAAACGAAAGGGAUCAGAGUAUGUUUUGCCAGCACACUGUUAUUUUUUUCCUUAAACAUGGUUUGUACUAAACAAGAGAACAGUAAUGCAAAAAUGACUUGGCUUUUGUCAGCUAAGGAGAAAUGUUUGUUUUCAUCUCUUUCAUUACUGUUCUUAAUACUGGAAUGUGCUAAGAAAUGUUUAAUUCCAAGUUCUAGAGAGACUGUUUCAGUGGGGUUUUUUUCUUUUAACAGAAUUGACUGUGGUUUUCAGUAACUUAUUCCACUAACUCCACUAGCUUCUUCUCAUUUCAUCUUCUUUUCUUAGUAAGGUACCAGGGUUUUUUCUUCAAUCUCCCUUUAGGAUGACAAAAUCAAGCAUAAAUAAAAGAGAUCAGCAAGCAUUCUUCCCAAAUAUGUUCAAGAGCUUGAUCAAACCUAGGCUAGGGAAAGAAGUCUAGAUACCAAAAGAGCUUUUAAAAUUACUUUCAUUAUUGAAAAUGUUGGCUUUGAGGUGGUAAUGGAGUCCAGGUAGAAAAAGGACUGGGGAAACAAGCAGAAAUAGUAGAUUGUUCUUGCUCUGAUAAAAACAAAAACAAAAAGAGGAAAGUCACCUUCUAAAUGGUUAUAUUUUGUCAUUAUGUAAUGACCGCUGCUGCCAGAUAAGACACCUGCCUUUUUUUAGCAGAGUACCACACAUAAAUGGACUAACUUCAGCUAGCAUGCUAAGCCAGUGGGAUUGAAAUGUUCAAAACUUUCCCAUAUGUUAAAAUCUUCAGAUGAGGCUCCUCUUGGAGUUUGAUCAAGAGGAGAAGUGCAUUUUAUAUCCUUAAAGGAAGAGGAUCUAUUCAGUGGUAGUAUCCCAGCACUGCAGCUCCCACCCAAAGAUGAUAUAACUAGUGCUAGCGCAGCAUUCUUUUCAGUGCCAAGUUAAAAUGUUUCUAUAUUUCUAGCCAUUUUAAAUUAAUUACAAUGUGUUUAACUCAUUGAAUAAUUUUCUGUUUUUGUCAGCUAUACUGUAAAGAUUUUUUUUAUUUUUGUUACCAUAAUAAUAUGAUAGUUUCAUUUUUAUGCAUUCUGGAAUUCAUUUUGGAUAAGGCCCAGUUUACAUAUAUUUUAAAAUGAAUGUAUCUCUCAUGAUAAAGAAUAAUGCAGGGUUGCCCAAACCAUACAGGAAAAAACUGGGCAGGUGCCAAAAUUGCAAUGGCACUUGAGUUUGGUAUACUUGGAGGUGUACAGUGGUAACUUAAUUGGCUGAUAACCCUACAUUCUAAGAGUCUGAACAUUUUCAGCCAUGGGUCAGGGUAUACAUUUUCAUGUUGGCACUCCAGAAACAUUCAAGCUGCAGUAUAUACUCGAGUAUAAGUGAAGGGCAGUUUCUGGGGCCAAAAUUAUGGAUUUUGAUAGAACCCGUGGAUAAAUCGAGGGUAAAACAUAGGGGCAUGUAACAAAGGAUGUAAAAAGAUGAAGCAAAAGAAAAUGAUGCUAAAGAACUCAGCUGUUUUCCUGCCAAGGCAUUCAAAAAGGCUGGUGGUGGUGCCACAGUGGAGAGAGUAGAGAGGGUCAGUUCUUUUUUGUUGUUGCUUCUUCUGGGAUGGAGUGAGGGCUUGCCUUUUGCCAUUCUACUCAGAGAAGGGGAUUGUUACUAUUUUGACAGGAAUUAAGAUACAGUAUUUACAUUGACCUGUGGUUAAGUCGAUCCAGGUUUUUUGGGUCGAUUUUUUGACCAAAAUUUCAUGACUCAUACACGAGUAUAUAUAGCAA